UUAGCGUAGUUCGUCAAACUUGGCGGGAGACUGCGGUUUGGGCCAUGGCGUCGGACUCCCCUUCUGCUGGCUCGUGCAGAGUCCGGGGCCCGAGCCCAGCGGUGCGGCUUCCCACAGCGCCUCCGCUGAAGUUGCUGGCUGAGCAGCUGCGGCGCUGUGCCGUAGGCGGACCCGGAGCCUGGCGGCUGGCCCGGGAGCCGGCAGGCCGAGCCCCGCUGGAGCUGGCGGUCGUGUGGAUGCAGGGCCGGGUGCUGGAAGCGGCAGAAAAGGGCAGCUGGGCGCGGCUGAGGGACCCGAGCGGUGUCUUCACGGUACAGGGCCUGGAGCGGGUGCCCCAGGGGAAACCUUGUCUGGCCCCAGGAAAAUAUGUGAUGAUAAUGGGAGUCAUUCAGACCUGCAAUCCUGAACCUUGUCUUCAAGCUGUGAAGAUGACAGACCUUUCUGAAAACCCUAUACAUGAAAGCAUGUGGGAACUAGAAGUAGAAGAUUUGCACAGGAAUAUUCCCUAGAAAUAUGUUAAUAUAUAGUUUAAGGGAGCUGGAAUUCUGAAUGUAGUUUGCUUCUUGCACCUUUUGGAUUUCAUGAGCCAAAUUGUAUGUGCUAGUUUGUGUUUCUUGAAAGUUCCCUAACACACUUGGGGUGAAUUGGCCAGUGAAUUGGCCGGAUAAUUGGUUUACAGACACAGAACUGAGGACGUUUUCAUGCUGUGGCAUUUCAGCAAAUUCAACUCCAGGAGAAGCAUCCAUUCCCCCUGCUGAAAAUGCUGUUGCUGAUGGAAAACAGAUGUUUGCUCUACUUUUUUGUUUUUGUUUUAUUUUAAAAGCACACAAAAACCUCACACUGCAUUUUCCAAAUAUUACAAGUGAUGGUAUUUUUCCAUUACUGCAGCUACCCUGUUUUAGGAUGCAGAAUUUGAAUCCCAGUCAUUGGCUAUGGUGAUUAACGUGUGGUUAUGGUCAGGAAAACAGACUGUGUAAAAGGAAUGACAUCAUGGCUCCAUUUAUUCUCCAUCAACGACUUCCAGAUCCAGUUUGCAAGUCAAAUGACAUUUUUAUAACUGCAGGGCACAAACUGCUGUCUGCAAAACUCAGCUGUCUUUCCUCUUCAAACACCGCUCAGCCACUGAGGCUCAGCUUUCCCUUAGAUAGGGAUAAUUUCCGCCUUCACUUAGAUAUUAUUGAAACACUCGAUGAAAGGAGCUAUAAAGAAGAGAGCUAGCAUCAGGCUAGAUAUGGGUAUGGAUGCAGGACUUAACCGAGCUAUCGUUUCUUUAUAACUGGAGAAGAAUUCUUGUGAGCAACCAAUUCCCUCGGACUUCUUUUUCCAUGAAAUAGAACCAUGUGGUUUUAUCUUGUAAA